AAGCGCACGCUAGCUACUUUAAAAAGCUCAAAAGCUUACGUGAAAGAAACCAGGAUAGAGAAAAUAGGGAGAGAGAGAGAGAGAAGCUUGUAAUUUCCAAAGCAUUUUGGUUUUCUGCAAAGCUUAGCAGGCCACACAGAUGGGAAAUCAGAGGGAUGUGUACACUGUGGAUGAAGCGCUGAUGUCAUUGGGAUUUGGGAAGUUCCAAUUCUUUGUGCUUCUGUAUUCUGGAAUUGGUUAUGCUGCGGAAGCAAUGGAGAUUAUGAUUCUUUCAUUUAUUGGCUCUCCAAUUCAAUCUGAAUGGAAACUUUCUCCUCAGCAAGAGAGCUUUAUCUCUAGUGUCGUUUUUGCUGGAAUGCUUCUAGGGCAAUAUUCUUGGGGCGUCAUUUCAGACAAUUAUGGAAGGAGGAAAGGCUUCGUCUUUACUGCACUAGUUACCAGUGGAGCUGGUUUUCUCAGUGCCUUCUCCCCCAACUACAUUACUUUCAUCAUCCUUCGUUUUUUAGUUGGUAUUGGGUUGGGCGGUGGGCCAGUGCUGUUCUCCUGGUUUCUGGAGUUUGUCCCUGCUACCAAUAGAGGUAUAUGGAUGACCAUCUUUUCUUUCUGUUGGAGCUUGGGCACAAUUCUUGAGGCUUCACUUGCAUGGGUAGUCAUGCCUAACUUAGGCUGGAGGUGGCUUCUAGCACUCUCCUCUGUGCCAGUCCUCCUCCUCCUCCUAUUUUAUGGUUUCACCCCCGAGUCACCAAGAUACCUUUGCACUAAAGGUAGAACAGCUGAUGCCAUGCUUGUUUUGGAGAAUAUGGCUAGAAUGAACAGCAUGGAACUUCCUUCCGGUGCUCUUAUUUCUGAUUUCAAAGGGGAGUUUGAUGGGGAUCAAAAUGUUCCUGAAACUUCACAUUUGAUUACAGUUCAAAAUGAUCAAACUGACAUUGAUCAAGAUAUGGAAUCAAAGAUUGGAUUCAUUAGCACACUGUGCAAUCUCUUGUCUCCAAAAUUAGUCAGAUCAACUCUUCUCCUUUGGAUUGGUUUCUUUGGAAACAUAUUUGCAUAUUAUGGAAUUGUCUUGCUAACUUCAGCAUUAAGUGAUGGAAAAAUGGCAUGUUCUUCUUCAAAGUUGCAUUUCAACCGCACAGAGAACAUUAAUCUUUAUAAGGAUGUGUUUAUCACUAGCUUUGCUGAGCUGCCUGGGCUUAUUUUGUUGGCCGUGAUGGUUGAUAGGUUUGGCCGAAAGCUUUCAGUGGUAACCAUGCUUUUAGCAGCUUUUGUUUUCUUGAUCCCUUUGGCAUUUCCUCAAACAGAAGGGUUAACAACAGCCCUUCUGUUUUGCACUCGAUUAUGCAUCACUGCAAGUUCAACAGGCCUCUGCAUAUAUGCUCCAGAGAUUUAUCCAACUUCGCUAAGGAGCAGCGGUUAUGGAACUGCAAGUGCUGUGGGUAGAAUUGGUGGAAUCAUUUCUCCUCUUGUGGCUGUAGCUUUGGUAGAUGACUGCCACCAGACUGAAGCUAUUCUUCUCUUUGAAAUUGUGAUAAGUGUGUCAGCUAUAGCUGUGGCUUUCUUCCCUAUCGAAACCAAGGGCCGAAGUCUUGAUGAUUCUCUGGAGAGCUUAAUCAGUUGAAAUGCUCUUUGUUCAAGAUAUUUGAUUGUUAUGAGCAGCUUCUAUUGAUCUUUGAUCCUUGUACAGAGUUGUUUCUGCAUUAUACUGUUUCAGUGCAAUAGAAUUAAAUGAAUAAUAAGCAGGCUUCUAAUUGUCUGUGACCAAAUUGUAUGAUCUACUACAGUCUAGAGUUUUACAGAGAAGCUUAAGAAUGAGCAGAAAUUGAUCCCAGAAAGUAGCGAGAGAGGGAGAUUAUGUAGUCUUGUUCAAUUGUGUUUAUACCUUCUCUUACAUGAAGGCUUUGAAUAAUUCUAAGUGAUUUACUAUUUUCAUACUAUAUUGACUUUACAUGAUAGUAGCUAAAACUAUUAGAUGCA